UGCAGAACGAGACUUUUCAUCUAUAAAGCAGCCAAUACCCCAAUCUCUCACUGUAUUCCCUUGACAAGCUUUCUUGCUAGUGUUCACUGUUCAGUCUCUGAGAGAGAGAAGAGAAGAGAGGAGGAAGAGAGAGAAUAUGGAGGGUAAGGAAGAAGAUGUUAAGCUUGGAGCCAACAAGUUCUCAGAGAGGCAACCUUUGGGAACAUCAGCACAGACAGACAAGGACUACAAGGAGCCACCACCAGCUCCAUUGUUUGAGCCAGGGGAGUUGACGUCAUGGUCCUUUUACAGGGCUGGCAUUGCAGAGUUUACUGCCACCUUCCUCUUCCUCUACAUCACCGUUUUGACUGUAAUGGGUGUGUCCAGGUCACCUAGCAAGUGUGCCUCCGUGGGCAUCCAAGGUAUUGCUUGGGCUUUUGGUGGCAUGAUCUUUGCCCUUGUCUACUGCACGGCUGGUAUCUCGGGAGGGCAUAUCAACCCAGCUGUGACCUUUGGCUUGUUCCUGGCCAGGAAGCUGUCCCUAACCAGGGCUGUCUUCUACAUGGUGAUGCAGUGCCUUGGUGCCAUCUGUGGUGCUGGUGUUGUCAAGGGUUUCCAGCCAACUCCUUACCAGACUCUGGGCGGUGGUGCCAAUGUUGUGCAGCAUGGCUACACCAAGGGUGAUGGCCUUGGUGCUGAGAUCGUGGGCACCUUUGUCCUUGUCUACACUGUCUUCUCUGCCACUGAUGCCAAGAGAAAUGCCAGAGACUCCCAUGUCCCUAUUCUGGCUCCUCUCCCCAUCGGGUUUGCAGUGUUCUUGGUUCACUUGGCCACCAUCCCCAUCACCGGAACCGGCAUCAAUCCGGCUAGGAGUCUCGGAGCUGCCAUCAUCUACAACAAGGACCACGCAUGGGAUGACCAUUGGAUCUUUUGGGUGGGACCUUUCAUUGGAGCUGCUCUUGCUGCUGCAUACCAUCAGAUGAUCAUCAGAGCCAUUCCUUUCAAGUCCAGGGCCUAGAAGAGCAUCUCACCCCACUUUGCUUGUUUGAUGAGAUGAUGACAUUCCCCCCCUCUUCUUCUUCUCCUCCUCUUUCAUCCUCUCUAUAUAUAUCUUGCUGUUGUAUUUUGAGUCUCUCUUGUGGAACUUAAUUGUUGGGAUAUGCUUGUUUUGUGUGUAAAGUCUCUGUAUGAAUGACAAAUUCUUGGACAGCUUUUGCUAUGGAUAACUUCAUUUUUAUUUUUA